GGGCCAACUGUAUCUGUGAACGCAUAGAGAAAGGGUCAAGAACAGACAGUUUGUCACCUGUCUUCUUUGUUGCAUCUACAAAAACCUGGAAGGAAAAGCACAAAAACGUCUGUCACUGUUAAAAUUAUGUAGCUGUUACUGUCCUUGGCCUGGGCAGGGUAGGGUUCCUGCCCAGCUUCAGGUCUGGGGCUUUAUGGACAUCAAUACGAUUUGGAUUCUAGUGCUCCAGCCUCAUUUCACAAUGACUAAUUUAAACUCAUGGUUUAGGGAGCAAUGGUUCUAUCUUUGAGUCACUGACCAUGAAGAAUAUAGUCCAUUUCUUAAUUAUAAGUGUCUUAUGUCAUGAAAUCAGAUGUCAAAAUCCAGGAAAUGUUCAGGAAAUAAGGCCCAGUUUUCACAUAAUAGCUGAUCAUGCGUAGGGGAACACAUACACACCCCUCCCUUCACUCUUGGGUGUCUGGCUAAUCAGGGACCAUGGCGGAAGGAGAACCGGGUGGCGCUCCUGAGCUCUUCCUGCUUUCUCACAUUGUCCCUGGGCCCCAGGCUCCUCCUCCUUGUUCUUGCAUGCGGUUCUGUAGGUUGUGCAGGCGGAGACACAGCCCUGGAGCCUGGUUUCCUGGGGGUGGACCUGGCUGGGGGAUGCCUGCUGGCCUUUCUGCAGCUCAGCUGUUGUGCAGCAGGGUGCGGGAGCGCAGUGAUCGGGAGCAGCGCAUGCAGGCGCAGUGGGAGCGUGAGGAGCGCGAGGAGCGGGAGGAGCGCGAGCGGCUGGAGUUUGCCCGGGAGAGGCUGGCCUUCCAGAGGCAGCGGCUGGAGCGGGAGCGCAUGGAGCGGGAGCGGCUGGAGCGCGAGCGCAUGCACGUGGAGCACGAGCGCAGGCGCGAGCAGGAGCGCAUCCACCGUGAGCGCGAGGAGCUGCGGCGCUAUGAGCAGGAACGGCGGCCUACAGUGCGGCGGCCCUACGACCUGGACGGCCGGCGAGAUGAUGCCUACUGGCCAGAGGCCAAGCGGGCUGCCCUGGAUGAGCGCUACCACUCUGACUUCAACCGCCAGGAUCGCUUCCAUGACUUUGACCACAGGGACCGAGGCCGCUACCCCGACCACUCGGUGGACAGGAGAGAAGGUUCAAGGUCAAUGAUGGGAGAAAGAGAAGGACAGGUAAGUCAGAAGCUACAGUUGUAGCCACAGCUUUUCCCACAGCGUUGCUUCCUUUCCCCUCUGCUCACAUCCUCCUUCCUCCCACUGGAGUGAGAGGAAAAGUGAGGGAAGGAAAAGCAGAGCACCUUUGUGUUUGGGAUGAAAAUGUGGGAUGUUUGUGCUUGGUCUUGGCCUUGAAUCCAGAGAGUUACUCUGAAGCCUCUUUUGGCCCAGACCCUGACUGAGUUUG